AUGGCCAAGAUUGCCGAACAAGCUGAACGUUACGACGAGAUGGUUUCAUAUAUGAAGGACGUUGCAAAGUUGGGUGUUGAUCUGACUGUUGAGGAACGCAACCUGUUGUCGGUUGCUUACAAGAAUGUGAUUGGUGCCCGUCGUGCUUCAUGGAGAAUCGUGUCCUCCAUCGAGCAAAAGGAGGAAUCAAAGGGUCACAACGCCCAGGUCGCCAAGAUCAAGGAAUACCGCAACAAGAUCGAGAACGAGCUCUACGAUGUCUGCAACGACAUCCUUGCUCUUCUCAAGGACCACCUUAUUCCCUCUGCUACCGAGGGUGAGGCCAAGGUCUUCUACUACAAGAUGAAGGGUGACUACCACCGCUAUGUUGCCGAGUACGCCACCGGUGACGAGCGUAAGGAGGCUGCCACUGCUGCCCAUGAGGCAUACAAGGCUGCCACCGAUGUUGCCCAGGUCGAGUUGGCCACCACCCACCCUAUCCGUCUCGGUCUCGCCCUCAACUUCUCUGUCUUCUACUACGAGAUCCUCAACUCCCCCGACCGUGCUUGCCACCUUGCCAAGCAGGCAUUUGAUGAUGCCAUUGCCGAGCUUGACACUCUUUCCGAGGAAUCCUACAAGGACUCUACUCUCAUCAUGCAGCUCUUGAGAGACAACCUCACCCUGUGGACCUCUGAUCUCCAAGAGGAAAAUGACAGAGCCGAAAGAAGAGAAGAGGACUCGCGCGAUUAA